UUGCCCUUUUAGCCCCCCUUUAUAAAUAUGCCUCUAGCUGCUAGUUCCUCAAUUUUCAUUUCAUUUGCACUAAGGUUGAAAAGGCAACAUGCAAACUUUGCUUUUUUGGAGUUCAUUCUUAUUGGUGAUUUUAAACCACUGCCCGUUUUUAAACGGUGCUCCAUCUAUAUCUCCAUGCCCUGAGAAUAAUCUCAAUAUCACUGGGGGCAUUUACACCAUCUCCAAAGUAAAUAAUCAUGAGACUAUACUGAGAUACAUCUGCGAAGAAGGGUUUUAUCCAUCUGUAAAAAAGCGUGUAUGUUCAAGAGGCCAGUGGAAUCCCAAACCCACCAAAAGACUUCCAGUGUGCAAGAAGGUCACAUGUCCUAAUCCAAAUGUUCUGGGAAAUGGAAAUGUGCUGCCUCUUAAAAGGUCUUACGUCGUGAAUGACACAACCACCUAUAAGUGUUAUUCAGAUUUCACAUUUCAAGGAUCUGCCACUCGAGUGUGUCAAUCCAAUGGGAAGUGGAGUGGUGGCACACCAAUAUGUAGUCAUAACAAUAAUCACUGCCCAGACCCAGGCAUUCCUCCUGGAAUGUCCAACAGAGAAGGUCACAUUUUCGACAUUGAUGACAAAGUUACCUACACCUGCCAAAAGGAUCUAACACUAAUAGGUUCCAAAGUGCGUGUGUGUCUGGACGGUGGCUAUUGGUCUGGGAAAGAGCCGGAGUGCUAUGCCGAUUUCACGUAUGACACGCCUGAAGAAGUAGCAGAGGCUUUUAGCAGUUCUCUAAAGACUACUAUAACCAUGCAUGAGGAAUCAGAGCAAGCUGGAAAGAAAAUACGUUUGGAUCAGAAUGGAAAGCUUGACAUCUACAUUGCCCUAGAUGCAUCUGACAGCAUAGAUGAAGACAAUUUUAAUAAAGCAAAGAAUGUCAUUAAGAAACUAAUAAAUAAGAUAAGCUAUUAUGAGGUUUUUCCAAAUUAUGACAUCCUCAUUUUUGCCACAGACGUACAACAUAUUGUUAACAUGACUGAUUUCAAGAGGAAAAAGUCAAAGUUAUCGGACGUUUUCACAUUGCUAGACAAUUAUAACUUUGAACAAGACAGAAAGAAAACAGGAACCAACAUUCGUAAAGCUUAUGAAUCCAUAAGAGACAGUAUCAGUUUCGAGAGGGCGAACAACAAGAAAGACUUUUCCGAGACGCAGCACGUUGUGAUCAUGUUCACUGAUGGUAUUGCCAAUAUGGGAGGAGACCCCAAACCUGUUGUUGAUGAAAUCAGACAAACAGUACAAGAUGGAAAUAAAGAUCGGGAGACAUAUCUUGAUCUUUAUGUAUUUGGAGUUGGAGACGAUGUUGAGAAAGACAAAAUUGACGAAUGGGUGACAAAAAGAUAUAACAAUGAAAAAUACUUUUUCAUGCUUCAGGACAUUCAAAAAGUUGAAGAGACAUUAGAUGAAAUGAUAGAUGAGAGCACCAGUAUGCCUCUGUGUGGACUUUACAAAGACUAUACUGAAGACCGCCUCUCAUACCCCUGGAUGAUAUCAAUAUCUGUACUGCAUCAGAAUGGUGCUAGAUCAAACUGUGUAGGAUCGUUGGUCACUCCCAUGUUUAUUCUAACUGCUGCCCAUUGCUUCAAGUUUGAUGAUGAGCCUGAAAAGAUUGAACUAUUGGCAUCCAAUUCUAAAGCAAAAUCACUUGGAGUAACGGUGGACAAAGUCCUUCUCCACUCUGACUAUAAUAUCGCAGGGAAGAAAGCACAGAAUAUAAAUGAGUCUUAUGAAUAUGAUGUGGCUCUCAUUCAAUUAAAAAAAUCAGUGAAAAUCAAUCCUGACCUCAGAACUAUUUGUAUUCCCUGCACUGUGGAGACGAACAGGGCUUUACAACUGUCUGACAAUACGCCUUGUGUUAAACAAAGAGAAAUGCUGUUUAACAGUGACUUAGUGAAGGCAAAUUUCAUAAAACAUGAUUUUGUGAUCAGAAAUAAAAUAAAAACAAAACAGCAUGUCUUAAUCAAGCAAAACCAUCAGAAAAGUGACUGUUAUGAACAGGCUAAGAAGGUUUUAAAUAUCUCUGAAAAAACUGCAAGGCUGAUGAUUACAGAGAACUUCUUCUGCACUGGAGGAGUUACAAAAAAUUCUGUAGAUGCAAUUACGUGCAAAGGUGACUCUGGUGGUCCUAUUUUUCUGGAAGUUAAUCGUUUGAUCCAGGUUGGAGUCAUCAGCUGGGGUCUGAAGGAUAUAUGCCUUAAUGGGGAUAAACAAACACAAGACGCCAGAGACUUCCACAUCGACCUCUUCGAUGAGAAUGUACAAGACUUCCUUGUACAAUACCUGGGAAAUGAAGAUAUAGAUACACCACUACACUUUUUAUAAAGGUUCAAUGGAUGUCUAUUUACAUUUUCUGUAAACAUUUAAUUGGCUACUUUUUGCUUUUCUACUUAUUAGCUACUUAAUGCCAUUGCAGCAUUGCAUUUUCUCAACAUUAAGGGCAGUAUGACAAUAAACUUGAUUUAAUAGUGUCUGGUCUCAAACAAUUCUUAUAAUUACUUAAAAAAAAAAAUAAUACUGUAGUGAUUAAAAUGAUCCCUGACCUAAGACAAGGGUACUCAACAAACAACUGUGAAAUAAAUUAUAACUUCAUAACAUAGUUUUUUUUUCAGGAACAUAUUAAUUUUUCAUUCACAGACCACUGAUGGUCCUUUGACACCAUUUUGUACCCCAACAAUGCUAUUAAUGUACCCAAGACUGAUUAAGAACCACAUAUGACAUCAUACCUAAAUGAAGUAUGUUAGUGACUUUGACUUGUAUUACAAAUUUGCCGUAAACCAUCUGUAUGAACCAUGUGAUUCAUUUCACUUGGUUUAUAUACUGUAUAUAAAUAACACUUGGUCAUUAUGAUUAUGUAUGAUCUUGCUCAUCAAGAGCUGCUAUAAAUAAAACCACCUUUACUUUUAAACUA